AUGAUCGCACCGACUGCACCUCCGUCGCCCCCUCUGUCUUCCGAGAGUCCGCGAGAACCCACACAAACAGUACAAGACAAGUGCAGUGCGCUCCAUGAAAAAGUGGAGCAAUUGACGCGUCUUCUGGCCGAAGAACGAGCCGCAAAAUCGACUCUGGAGAACGAGCUGCGAGCGCGCGAACAGGCAGUGCAGCACAUGCAGCAACGCAGCGCUGUCGCGACUCAGCAGGCACUGGACCGACAACGGGAACUGGAGAACGAGCUGGAGAACGAGGUGGCAAUGCACGAAAUGGCCGUUCUGGGCAGGAACGUCGCGACACAAAAGAACGCGACGCUGGCAGUGGAACUCGAGAGGAUCGAGCGAAAGUGGAAAGAGGAGCUCGCGAAGAAAGAGGUUGCAACUACUGAAGCCACAUUGGCUUCAGCAGAGGUUCAAAGGCUCAAGGACGACCGGACAGAGCUCGUGCAGCGCACGGGGAGAGACGCGAGACGCGUGCGUGAGCUGUGGCAGCAAAUUGUACGAGAACAUGAGGUGCAAGUGGAAGCCCUCGAGCUGGAGCUGAAGAAGGCUCAGCAGCUACCGAAAGGUAUGGAGCGGACGGUACGAGAGCAUCAGUUGAUAACCACUGAGCCCGAGGAAGGAGAGCAGAUGGUGUGGCAAGAGAAGGAGCAAAGCGUGGAGAACGAGCAGCGUCACUUUGCGUGGGAGUUGCAGAGAGUGAGAAAUGCGUGUAAACUGCACGCGCAACGCGAAGCGGUAGCUGUGAAGGAGCGAGACGCGGCGAUGUUAAUAGCUCGGACAGCCCAGGAAGCUUUGGACGAAAGGAAUGAGGAGUUGCGGACCCUUAGAACAAAGUUUGCCAGUCUGCGUCAUAAGCACGAGGCGUCAGAAGCUCAGUAUAAACGGUCGAUUCGCGAAUACGAGGCACAACUUCUUUUGCGCAGGGAAAAUGAAAAGCAUUGCGCGGAGGAAUGGGCAAGGCUGUGGAAAGAGGGGAUGGUAGGGUACGAAGAGGUUAUUUACGCGGUGAACACACGCCUUACAGAAGUGCAGGGGCUCAGUGACGAUGUUCAAAGUAUUGCCUGGUCAGAUCCACGGGAAGCAAGCACGUCAAUAGCGUCACCACGCAUUCAGCGACAUGGACAUGCUUGA